AUGCAAUCUAUCCCUACGGAAAAGGUCCCCGAGCCAGCCAUGUCAAAAGACAACAUCCUCCAGCCCCUGAAGUUCCUACUCGCCGCCCGUCGCGGAGUCCGAAUGGACCCUCUAUUUAGCGAGCUCAAUGUUCCCGAGGAACGCAAUAUCCACUAUCACGGUAUCUCGGGGUUCUCGCCUCAGAAUUCAACGCCAUUUUGGACCAAAUUUAUUAUCUAUGUGGGAUAUACGACGAAAACUACGAGAGCCGUGUGGACAUUUCUAUUAUCAAUCUUCUCUUUUGACUUGCAACUACAAAGAAGCGGAAACCCGGAUAGUCCCAAGAAAUCUGCGAGCGAGGAAAUCCUCCAAGAUCUCAUCAACAGCUUCUAUUGGACCGCAGGAUUCAUUCUACUCCUCUACGCGGCCAGGGUAUAUGCGAAACAGUACCUGUCAAAGAAAACUCCUCCCCAUUUGGAUCCGUUGUCGUAUCAGUACCAGUUCAAGAGUGCCCUGGAUGAGCAGGGGUGGCAGUACCGUGAGAUCGUGGGUCGAUCUCUUGAAGAUAUGGAACAGAUCUGGUCGAAGGAUCGGACUCAGGUCGAGAGGUUUCGGGUUGACGGACUUUUGGAUUCGGCGAGUAAUCUUGUUUAUGACGUCGUUGUGAUAUUGCGCACGGAGGGAAAAGUUACGUUGAUGUUUCGGGCGCCUACAGAUGGUAUGAAAUUACCUGGCGGUGUGCUUUUAACAUAA